AGCCGCCGGUUUUCGCGCGCGCGCGGUCUCGCGCGCGGGCGGCUGGCCGGCGGAGUCGCCAUGGAGCUGGAAGAAGUGCUGCAGCAGCUGAGCGGCCCCUGGGCGUGGCCGGAGCGGAUGGCGCGGAGCCCGGUAAAGGCGGCCGUGGGCGCCAGGACUUUGGUCCUCUGCAGCCGCCUGGCGGCGGCGCUGCACGUGGCCUCGCGCGACGCCCGCGAGGCCCUGGACGCCUUGACGACGCUGCAGCGCCACUUCCCGGAAAAUAUGCUCGCCAAGCGCCUGCAGCAGGUCUUGGCGGUAGAGUGCGCCUGCAUCAUGAAAGGCAAGGUGGCAGUGCCGGAGACGGUCCCGGUGAUGACUUCUUUGCUGAAGGCGGUCCUGCAAUUGGAGGUAACCCUGCACGCUGCGGUCCCCCCGACCGCGCUCAACCCGCGGAAGGUGGGUCAGGAUCUGAUGCCUUACUUGCUGGAGUGCCUUCUCGUGGGUAUCACCCACUGCUGGCAGUGCGACUGGGACACGCUCUCCCGGCAGCUGCAGCCGCUCAGAGAUUUGGUGUUGCAGCUUCCUCUCCUGGACUAUGCACCGGGGAGCCUGCUGAAGCUCGUCCAGCAGCGCGCUCCCAAGCUGUUGGACGAUGCGGCCACUGAACUGCCGGUGCCGCCCUGCGCCUACGCGCUGGCGUGCCUCUCUCAGGAGAUCCACGACGCCCUCACUGUGCAGCGCCUGCAGGCGGAGCACGCGGACGCCAUGGCGCUCAUGGCGGCGUUGAGAAGUCGGGUCUUGGCCUUCCUGGCGGAGGAGGGCCGCAAGCGGCGCCAGCAGCCGCGGCGCGGGCGCCCGCGCAAGACGCAGGCGGCAUUGCCGGGGUGGCCGGCCUUGCCGGCGCCCAAGGCGAAGGCGAAAGCCAAGGCAAAGGCAAAAGCGAAGUCGGCCGGUCCCGGCGCGCGGUCCCGGUCGGCGCGGCGAAGCAGCCGCAAGGCGGAGUCGCCACCGCGGCCCAGCAGGGCAAAGGCGAAAGACAAGGCGAAGGAGGAGUCAGCACUGGUGCUUUCGGACGACAAGCCGAAGGAUAGCACGGGACAAGACCUGCGAAGCCUUGUGGAGAUGCUCGUUCAGAAUUAUGGGCCGCUGCCUUUGGCGACCUCCUUCACCGACCGCGCAGAGAAAGCCAUCGACGCCAUCGCCUUUGCAGCGGGGAAAGGCUUGAGCAGAGAGGAUGAGGAUGCAAAGGACGCGGUGAGUAUGAUUGAGAAGCUCGGGGACUUCGUCAAGUACCUCCGCGAGAUGUUGUCCUCGGAGCGCUUGGCGUGCCAAACCGCGGUGGCCUGGCAGAUGCCGCGCCUGGUGGCGCGGCUGCUGCAGAGCGCUGUGUGGCACAGCUCCUGGAGGCACGCCUUGGGCGACCUGCUUCUUCUAGUGGUCGAUCCGGCGAUGGCGCCGCAUUCGGCCAACGCCCUCUGGGCACAGGUGGUGGGGGACUGGUCCUCCCACGCGGCGCAUUUGAGCCGCAUGGUGGCGGUGGGCAGCCUGGCACUGGAGCUGGAGCUGGUGCUGGUGGAUGCGGAGGACUCACAGAAGCUUCGCGCCUCGCUGCAGCAGCUCCAUGCCUCCGUGCUGGGCUGGCUGGCUUCCACGCCAGAUGCGGCGGAACCUUCGGAGGACGCGGCCCCCUCGGGCAUUGCCAGGCUCGGGGAGAGCGAGAGCGAGGAGCUGGGCAGUGACGACACCAUGUCCUCCUCGUCUGUAGACGCGCGGGAUUUGGAGGACUUUGAGGAUACAUCCCCGCAGUUCAACGACUGCGGCUUGCUGGAAGGGGCGCCCUCUUCGCGCUUCGGCGCAGCCUGCGCCGCGGAGAGCGCAAAGACGCUGAAGCACCAAAGCUACCUCAGGUCGGACUGGAAGGACCGGCUCCAGCAGCUCAUCGCCCAGCUGCCAGAGGAGGACCCACUAGACACCCCGAAGGGCAAGCCGGAGAAGCCGCUGGAAGAGACGCCGCUGAAAGAACACGAGAAGCUCCUGAAAGAGUCGCUGAAGGCUUCGGAACACUCCGAGCUGAAAGGCGGGCUGCAGGAUCCAGUGAAAGGUGCGCAGGACCCACUGAGAGCUGAAGCGAUCCCUCUGAUGAGCUGCUGAUUCAGCGAGAGCCAUCGGCGAGAUUUGGGUGAGUUGCGCUCCCCGCCAUUCACCGACUUGCAGCCCUUCGGGGAUCCCUCGCAAUGCUUGGCAUUGUGUGACGCAGCUUGUCAGGCCUCCAGUGGUGCAUUGUUCCCCCCUUUGGCUUGUUUGUCUCUUUUUUUCUGCUGGUUUUUCCC